AUUGUUUGUAUUCUCCUAUAUAUAACCUCUACAAUCAUGUUUGCAUCAAAGUUUUGAGAUCCUGUAUUCCAAUUUCAAAUUUAUACAAAAAAAAAAGUUCAGGGGAAUUACAAACAUCCACAUAAAUCAAAACAAUGGCUAGUAGUAGUUGGUCUGCAGAAAAUGCCACAAAAGCCUAUCUCAACACUUUGAAAAUGGAUCUAAAGAUUAAAGAACCAUCCAUUGCUGAAUUUAUAUCAGCAUUAGCAGCUGGAAACAAUGCACAGCUAAUGGUAGUAGCUUGUGCUGCUGCAGCUGAUUUAACAACAUUUGCACUAAUUGCUGCUGCUAAUGAAACUAAUGGCAAUGUAAUAUGCAUUGUACCUAACAAUGAAGAUCUACUUGCCUCAAAAUAUUUCUUAGGAGCAUAUUCUAAUAAAGUGAAGUUUAUUAUUGGAAAAGAAGUACAAGAAUUUGAUGUAUUAAACAAAGCUGAUUUUGUGGUAAUUGAUUGUAACCUUGUGAACCAUGAAGAGAUUGUUGAAUUAGUACAAAUUGGUGAUGGUAAUAAGCAAAAGGGUGUAAGUGUUAUUGGUUAUAAUGCUUUUAGUUAUAAAGGGUCAUGGAGAUCAUGUAUAUCAAAAACACAAUUGCUUCCUAUUGGUGAAGGGUUGUUUCUGACAAGAUUUGGAGAAAAUAAUGCUAUUACACCUAAAUUUGGAUCUGGAUUGAGAAAGAGUGCUCGAAGUCGCUGGAUUGUGAAGGUUGAUAAAUGCACUGGUGAAGAAAAUGUGUAUAGAAUAAGGAUUCCUCAAAGAUAAUAGAUAAAAGCUCAAUUAUGUAUGGUUAAUCUGGAUGGAAAGAAAAUCAUGUAGUUAACUAGUUCUCUAUUUAUAUUUUAUAGAAAACAAAACAUUAUAUUCAUGUUAUAUAUUGUAAUGGACAAUUAGUCCUAUUUGAAAACAUUAAAUUUUGUUUAUAUA